AUGCCAAAACUAGAGCAGUUUGAAAUCAAGAAGUACUGGCAAAUCUUCUCGGGUCUCAAGCCGCAGGAUAACAAGUUGAACCAUGACCAGGUGCUGCCCAUUUUGUACAACUCGAAGUUGGACUCGUCGGUACUCAACAAAAUCUGGUUUCUCGCAGACAUAGACGACGACGACAACUUAGACUUCGAGGAAUUUGUGAUUUGCAUGAGGAUGAUCUUUGAUAUGGUCAACAAAAACAUUGACAGCGUUCCGGACGAGCUGCCCGACUGGCUGAUCCCGGGCAGCAAGGCAAAACUGGUCAAGGAAAGAAGGAAGAGAAAGCAGGCAGAAAACGCACAAUUGGGUAUCGAGACGACCAGCGCGCCGAGCGAACAGCGCAGCUCAGACAGUCAGAGCGAGAUGCGCACCCAGCCUCGCCACGAGGCACCGGAAGUGGACUUUUAUAUCUCACCCUCCAACAAAGAGCUCUAUGAUUCGAUUUACAAUAGCUGCAAUACGUUCACGGACGGAACAGUAUCGUUCCCAGCUUUAGCUGCCGUGGUCAGAUCCAAAUUCCCCAGUGUUGCGUCCUCCGACAUGGAUAAGGUGUGGAGUCUGGUGAAUCCCAAGAAUGCCGCGUCAAUCAACAGAGAUCCAGCUGUGUAUUUAAUUCAUGUGCUCAAGCAGGUGAGUGAAUUGGGUUGCGCCUUGCCAACGCAGUUGCCUCACGGGAUCAAGGAAAUAUGCAACCAAGAACGAGUCACGUACGAUUUGAAGUCGGAGCAGGGUGACGUCAAGCGCUCUACCAGGCAAUACACGACUAGUAGUAGUGACAACCGUUCUUCUGGAGUACAACGCAAAAGGGAUGACUCCGAUCUAGGUGUCACCGAGGGUACCGAUUGGGAAGUAGUAAGGCUCAAAAGACAACUUGCGGAUCUAGAUGCGGAACUCUCCCGAGUAAACGCCACUGGCAAUGAGGCAAAUUCUUCUCAAUCUGGAAAUUUAAGACAACAGUUUGAGAAUCUACUGAAAUAUAAGGAAAAACAGCUUUCGAGCAGUUCAACCGGUAAUUCUUACACUUCUGUGAACGUGAGAGGAGUAUCUGAGGAUCUGGAGAAUAUCGAGCAGCAAGUUGGCGUGUUAGAGCAGUAUUUAUCCAACAAAAGGCAAGAACUGCAAAGCCUCGCCGCAGAAAUUCAAUCUCUCAAAUAA